GUCAACACAAAUUCCUACAACGAUCGUUUAUAAAUAAUUUAUAGAAGUUGAAUAGAUAGUUCAAAAAGAAUCGAAAUAUACUAGUAUUUUGUGUUUAUUUUUCACGGAUAAAUCGUUCGUUGUAUUGUCUAAUACAAGAACGAAUCGUGGAAUUCGUUGUACACGUGUCAUCUUCCUAUCUUCCAACGAUAUAUUCGAUCGAUAGAUCGCGCGGUUUUAUUGAUCUUCGUCACGUUUCUUAAACGAAAAAUCGAAUGUCAACGUGUCUCUGAGAGAAAAACUAAUAUAUAAUUGAUCGUUAAACUAUACGAUAAUUAUUUAUUUUUUCUUUCAUUUUUUCUGAUAUUUUUCAUGAACACGAUGAUUGAUAUGGUUCAUCGCUGAGAUUCCAAUGUGUUCAUGUGCUGUGUACGUGUGUGUGCGUAUAUAUAUAUAUACGUCUGUGUUAAAUUAUUAUCGUAGAGGCGUAUAUACGGAUGAUAUACUUGACGGACACAUAGCUGCUUUUUCGAAGUUUAUAUAAUGAUUUAGUUCUGUUAUUGAAGCGUUCGUAUUCAGUAAGGAAAAAAAAAUUAAUAGAAAAAAUAGCGUGUUCAUCUGGAAAUAGCACGCGCUGAUAAUCUUUGUGAUAGUAUCGCAACAUGGUACGAACGAUACCAAAAAAAAAAAGCAGGACACCAUAAAUGACAAGAUAAAACGUACCUACGUACGUCGAUUAUUGAAUUUAAACUAUUAAGAGAUUAGCAAUAUACCGAUUUAUGACUAGACGACUAAUAAUAGUCUUCGUUUUUUACCAUCGGACAUAAGUUGACUCUUUCAAACGAUCUUGUCCGACUAUGAGUGGAUAUUUUCAUAAAGAAACUCGACGAUUAUUAAGCUACCAGUUUGAUAAAAAAUUUGUGCAGAAUUAUGCAUAAUUCAUUAUAUUCGUUAGUGUCCUUGGUUAUAAGUCUCCUUCUAAUAUCGAGAUUGAUUAUCGUUGAAGGUUUAGUACCUGUUAUUCAUUCGAUCACAUUGGAGAACAAGACGGGUAUACCGAAAGAAUACGAAGAUUUACCUUUGAUAGCGAAAUGUUGUUCGACCAAUCAAAUUCUAAUUCGAAAUAAAGAUCAGAGUCCAAAAUGCGUUCCUUCGAACUAUUAUUCGGCUUUAGUAUUCUCACCACUUUUUUGCAAAUUCAAUUCGUCUGGUACUUGGUCUUUGGGCGAAGAAGAAGACCGUUUCGUUGCACUCAUUGGUUAUCCUUGUCGUUAUGAAAGUUUCGACCUAAAUACGGAAAAUGAUACAUAUUAUCUUUUACGGAAUGGCUCGAUAUAUUUUCCUUUAUAUGAACCUUCCAUGCUUAUGCCAGGUAUAAAUUAUUGCAUGGAUAUAACAUCAACGUUAGAUCUUGUAACUGUGGUGUGUUCUUCUAUAGACGAUAAAAUAUUAAUAACAGGCACAUGGAUAAUUUAUUAUGCCUGUGGACUUAUAAUAUCCGUAUCAUUUCUAAUUCUCACCAUAAUAGCUUAUUCAAUAACACCUAAGUUAAGAAACGUCUAUGGUAAAAUACUUUACCGCUAUUGCGGAUGUCUUGCUUUAGCCUUUCUUAUUUUAGCGAUUACACAACUCGGUGGUGUACAUUGGACGAGUGACACGUGCACGGCCAUUGCCUUCGUCGUCCAAUUCUCGUUCGUCGCAUGUUAUUUCUGGUUGAACGUAAUGUGUAUCGAAACAUGGUUGUUAAUACGAAAUCACGUUCAUCGCGAUACCUAUCAAAGAAUAAAACCUAAUCUACUCUUUUUUUAUUACUCGAUAUGGGUCUGGGGAUCUGUAGGUAUUCUCAUUCUUUUAUCUCUAUUAAUGGAUCUCAAUCCAACGAUACCAACGAUAUACAUAAAGCCAAACUUUGUUAGCGAAAACGACAACUGUUGGUUUAAACCAGACACCAAUACGAUGCCAUUCUUUUUCGUGCCAGUUGGGUUUCUCUUACUAAUCAAUUUUAUAUUUUUUAUUCUAACGGGAAUCAUGAUAAAACGAUAUCAAAAAGAUCUCGCGCUUAGACGAUUAGCUAGAAAUCAAGAUUCCGUUCGGCAAGACCAAGGGCUGUUUUAUAAUUUGAGAAAAACAUUUAUGGUCUGUGUAAUAUUAUUUUUUUUUAUGACUUUAACUUGGGCCUUGGAAUUGAUCUCUUGGUGGACUGAUAUUUAUUUUUUCGAUUGGUUAACUUUGGAUCUAGUGAAUGCUCUGCACGGUGUUUUUAUAUUCAUCCUUUUCGUACUUCGUAAACCAAUCAGAGGUUUAAUUUGGUUGAGGAUACAAAAGUUUCGUAAUUUCGAUAACGUCCAAUUACAAACUAGUGUUCCUAAUGUUAAUCUUCUUAGAGUUACAAAUUAACGAUAAGAUUCGUUAAACGAUCAAGCGAUAGUACGAUAUUACAUGUAUCAAGAUUAUUUGACAUUACGUUUCCGGUGAUAAUAUUUGUGUUAUACACAAGAUUUAAAUUAAAAACAAUUUAACAUAAUAUGUAUCAAGAUUAUUUGAUAUUACGUUUCCGGUGAUAAUAUUUGUAUUAUGCACAAGAUUUUAAUUAAAAACAAUUAGACAUAAUAUGUAUUUACUUGAUUUGAAAUUUUAUUAUACGGACGAAUUAAUAGCGCAAAGAUUAAAUCUUCAACGAAUGAUCUCAAAUUUGUUAAUGUAUGAUUGAUAUUUAUAAGUACGAUUCAUUUAUAUUAUUUAAUAGAAGAAAAAUGUUUCCUUCUAUUCCUUCUAACUUUU